CUUUGCACGGCUUCUCAAUACUUCGCCUAGCACCUUUCAAAUAGUCGAUUCUCGCACUACCCAAUCACGAUGAAGACUUUCACGCAGCUGUCCCUGGCAGCCUUUGUGGCUCUUGCUAGUGCUACUACUGUCGAUGUCAACAAGAGGGACUCGCCGUUGAGUGUCGAGCUGUCUGCUGUGGGCAAUACCGAGGUCAAGGUUGCGGUUACCAAUACCGGUGCUAUUGAGCUUAACCUCCUGAGCAAGGGGACAUUCUUGGAUGAGGUGCAACCGGUGCAGAAGCUUAAGAUUUUCUCUGCCAACACCGAAGUCCCCUUCGAAGGCCUGAAACUCCGCCUAAAGACCUCUUCCCUCUCCACCGACAGCUUCACCACCCUCGCCGCCGGCGAAACCAAAGAACUAACCGUCGAAGCCGCCUCCCUGCACACCUUGACCACAUCCGGCGUCUACGACGUCUACGCCGCGGGCGCCAUCUCCUGCGCCGAGCCCGGCUCCACCACCCUCGCCGGCAGCAUCGCCUACAGCUCCAACAAGCUCUCGCUGAACGUCGACGGCGCCAAAGCCGCCAAGGUCGCCAAGAAGCUGCGCAAGCGCACCGCCGUCGCCAGCGACUGCACGGGCUCCAAGCUCAGCACGCUCAAGAGCGCCCUGGCCGACUGCAAGAGCCUCGCCAACGCCGCCGCCAGCGCCGCCUCCGCCGGCACCAAGAUGAGCACGUACUUCAAGUCGACGUCGUCGAGCGUCAAGUCGACCGUCGCCGCGCGCCUGCGCGCCGUCGCGACCGAGUGCGGCAGCACCUCGUCGGGCGCGACGGAGACGCACUGCACGGACACGGACGACGGCUGCGAGUCGGACGUGCUGGCGUACACGAUCCCGAGCGAGAACUACAUCGUGUACUGCCCGCUGAGCUUUAGCGAUCUGCCGGUGCUGAGUGGGUCGUGCCAUGCGCAGGAUAUUGCGACGACGAUUCUGCAUGAGAGCACGCAUGCGCCGGGCGUGUAUAGCCCGGGCACGGACGAUAAUGCGUAUGGGUUUAGUGCGAGCACGGCGUUGAGCAGCAGUCAGGCGGUGGAUAAUGCGGAUUCGUAUGCGCUUUAUGCGAAUUCGAUUUAUGUGGGGAGUAGCUGUGCUUAG